AUGGUGCAAACCAAAAAGAAAUUCAAGAAAAUUGCGUUGGGAGAUGACAUUGAUGUUUGCGAAAGAGAACUAAUUGGAAAGAAUAUUGACGAUACUUUAAGUUCUGGCAAAUUAUUUACUUUCGAUAAUGAAAUACCUUUAGAUUUAUGUAACAACUUGAAUCAUCAGGGAAAGAACUUCAAUCAUACUAUUCAAAAAGUUAAUAAUAAAGAGCCUUUGAACAAGAAAAAUGCUAAAAGCAGUUUGCAGAAGCGUUCCUUUAGAAAAAUUUGUAGCGUUAAUAAAGAUGAACUCGAUAUUUGGGGAGACUCGAUUCCUGAUUUGGAUAUUAUAAAAAGUAGUAUGAAUUAUCCAAGUAAACUUUUAAAGAGUAAAGGACCUUCUAUUCAAUUACCUCAUUCUGGGCAAUCAAUAAAUCCACUCGAAUCUGAUAGGCAAGAUGUCUUAUUCAAAUCAUUUUCUGUUUUAAAUGCAAGCACUCUUAGUAAAAAUAGCAAUAACCUUUCUACUUCUUUAGUUAAUUCAUUUAUUUCAAAUUACUAUGAACCUAGUGAGGUUUUAAAUCUUACCGAAACACAGAAAUAUUACUUGGUAAAUUCUCUACUGAAAGGUAAAAUUCUAAAGCUUGGUUCUAUUGAUAAUUUAGAAUUAAUUAAAGAUACUCAAGAUGAAGAUAAUAUUUCGUAUACUCAAAGAAGAAAUAACGGUAUUAGGAAAAAAAGGUCAGAAAUUAACAAGGAAAUUCGAAGAAAAAAAGAAUUAGUUCUUAAAGAAGAAAAAACAAUAAUUAAGAAAUUAAAUAAAGAUAUUCAAAAUAUAGAUAUAAUAAUUCAAGACAUCGAUAGAUUUGAUUGCCAUUUGGAAAGCAGAAAGAUUUAUUUAUCAAUUCUUAGGGAACAGAUAGAUUCUGCGAAAAGGCUGGGAAUAUUAUCAAAAAUUAAAAUAGGCAGGAAUACCUAUAAGGAAAUUCCAAUUAGAACAUUAUCCAAAGUGGAUAUCCAAUCAAGUAAUGGGUCAUUAAGAAAGUUACACAUAGAAAAUAAGUCACUUUCUAAAGAUAUUGUUUCCAAUAUUUAUAGAAGAGGUCUAACCGAGAUUCCGCCUGUUAACGAUGCUCAAUAUGGCAGAAGACUACAAAAACUUCUUAGGAGAAAUAGAAGGUCAAAAAAAAUUACUAAAAAAGUUCGGUUUUUUUAA